UACUAUAUCAGCUUCUUUCUCUGCUUUUGAGAUCCUUCUUAUGUCCUUUCAAGAUUUUGGUGCUUUUGAAGCUGUGAAAGAGAAGCUAAACUAGAAAACAGAGAAGUGAUUAGUAAGGUGACAGAAGAAAGCAAUGGAGAAAUUUUCUGGGCUUAGCCAUCUAUUUAUGACAGUAUUUCUGAGUUGCUUCUCAACAUUUAUGGUAAUUCCACCUAUGACUGAUAUCACUUUAUCAGCCAUUUGUCCAGGCAAAGAUGAAUGCUCCCUUGCUAUUUACCUCACCGGAAUUCAACAAGCGAUAGUAGGAAUGGGAUCACUAGUGAUGAUGCCAGUAUUGGGGAAUUUGUCAGACACUUAUGGUAGAAAAAUCAUUCUAACUGUUCCCAUGACCCUUUCCAUCUUCCCUCUAGUGAUAUUAGCGUACAGCAGGACAAAGUACUACUUCUACGCUUACUACGUCCUAAGAACUCUAAUUGCCAUGAUUUGCGAAGGAAGCGUUCAGUGUCUUGCUCUUGCCUAUGUGGCCGACAAUGUUCCAGAAAGUCGACGAGCCUCCGUUUUUGGUGUCCUCUCAGGGAUUGCCUCUUCUGCUUUUGUUUGUGGAAAUCUCUCUGCUCGCUUCCUCUCCACUGCUUCCACUUUCCAAGUUGCUGCAGCAAUGGCAGUGAUAGCUUUAGUAUACAUGAAGAUGUUCCUUCCUGACUCAAUAAUGAAAGGUAACAUUUGUUCAAAAGAAACAGAGACCAUUUGUCUUUUGGAAAAUGCUCCCAAGAAAGGCAUCCAAUUUUUCAAGACAUUGCCUUCUUUCAGCGAUAUGCUCUGCUUAUUAAAGACCAGCUCAACAUUUUUACAUGCAGCUGUUGUUUCAUUCUUUGUUAAUGUUGCACAAGUUGGACUUGAGGCUUCUUUACUUUAUUUUUUGAAGGCGCAAUUUCAUUUUAACAAAGAUCAAUUUGCUGAUUUGUUGAUAAUUUCUGGUAUAGCAGGAUCCAUAUCACAGUUACUUCUUAUGCCCAUAUUAGCUCCUGCUUUUGGAGAAGAGAAACUGCUUUCUAUUGGCCUCUUCUUCAGUUGUCUACAUAUGUUACUUUACAGCAUUGCUUGGUCCUCUUGGGUCCCUUAUGCUACUGCUUUGAUCUCUGUUUUCUCUAUUUUCGCAAUGCCAUGUUUAAAGAGCAUUGCAUCUAAGCAAAUUGGACCAAAUGAGCAGGGAAAGGUUCAAGGAUGCAUCACAGGCAUAUGUUCAUUUGCAAGUGUAGUUUCUCCUCUAAUAUUUAGCCCUUUAACAGCUUUAUUCCUAUCACAAAAUGCACCCUUCCAUUUCCCAGGAUUCGGUAUAGCCUGUGCUGCCUUUGCAUCAAUGCUGGCCUUUAUUCAGAGUCUCAUGAUAAGGCCAGAUGAUACUGUGAUCAAUUGCAGUCCAAACGAUUCAGACUCAGGAGAGCCAUAAUUUUUGGAAUUGGAGUACGAGGCUCUAAAGUCUAAAUCAGGUUGUGUAUAGGAUUAAGAAUCCAUAGAAAUGUAUGAUAAUUAAAGUAGAUGUUGAAGGUUCUUUUUAUGUUAUUUAUUCUUAGAAGUGAAUGCUAUAUGAUGCACCACCAUUUCCUUCA